GCCCAGCGGGGGCGGGACCGGAACGGAGCCUUGCGGCCCCGCGCGCUCGCAGUCUGUCUCCCGCCGCCCCCACGCACGCGUCCCGGCUGACGCGUCCCCCGCCCGCCCCUGCUCGUGCCGCCGCUGCUCGUGCCGCCCCUGCCAGAGACCCCCAGGAGCAGGAUGUCCUUCCAGGGCAAGAAAAGCAUCCCCCGGAUCACGAGUGACCGCCUUCUGAUCAGAGGUGGGAGGAUCGUGAAUGACGACCAGUCCUUUUACGCUGAUGUGCAUGUGGAAGAUGGCUUGAUAAAACAAAUCGGAGAAAACCUCAUCGUCCCUGGGGGCAUCAAGACCAUUGAUGCCCACGGCCUGAUGGUGCUUCCCGGUGGCGUUGACGUCCACACAAGGCUGCAGAUGCCCGUCCUGGGCAUGACCCCGGCUGACGACUUCUGUCAGGGCACCAAGGCAGCGCUAGCAGGAGGAACCACCAUGAUCUUGGACCACGUCUUCCCCGACACGGGUGUGAGCCUGCUGUCAGCCUACGAGCAGUGGCGGGAGCGGGCGGACAGCGCGGCCUGCUGUGACUACUCCCUGCAUGUGGACAUCACCCGCUGGCACGAGAGCAUCAAGGAGGAGCUGGAGGCCCUGGUCAAGGAGAAGGGUGUGAACUCCUUCCUGGUCUUCAUGGCAUACAAGGACCGGUGCCAGUGCAGUGACAGCCAGAUGUACGAGAUCUUCAGCAUCAUCCGGGACCUGGGGGCCUUGGCCCAGGUGCACGCUGAGAACGGGGACAUCGUGGAGGAGGAGCAGAAGCGGUUGCUGGAGCUUGGCAUCACUGGCCCUGAGGGCCACGUGCUCAGCCACCCCGAGGAGGUGGAGGCUGAGGCGGUAUACCGAGCUGUCACCAUCGCCAAGCAGGCCAACUGCCCACUGUACAUCACCAAGGUGAUGAGCAAGGGGGCGGCCGACGCCAUCGCCCAGGCCAAGCGCAGAGGGGUGGUCGUGUUUGGGGAGCCCAUCACUGCCAGCCUGGGCACCGACGGUUCUCACUACUGGAGCAAGAACUGGGCCAAGGCCGCAGCCUUUGUCACGUCGCCCCCCGUCAACCCAGACCCCACCACGGCAGACCACCUCACCUGCCUGCUGUCCAGUGGGGACCUCCAGGUGACAGGCAGUGCCCACUGCACCUUCACCACUGCCCAGAAGGCCGUGGGCAAGGACAACUUCACGCUGAUCCCUGAGGGCACCAACGGCAUUGAGGAGCGCAUGUCGGUGGUCUGGGAGAAAUGUGUGGCCUCUGGGAAGAUGGACGAGAAUGAGUUUGUCGCGGUGACCAGUACAAAUGCUGCCAAAAUCUUCAAUUUUUACCCAAGGAAGGGACGAGUGGCUGUGGGCUCUGACGCUGACCUGGUCAUAUGGAACCCCAAGGCCACCAGGAUCAUCUCUGCCAAGAGCCACAAUCUGAACGUGGAGUAUAACAUUUUCGAGGGAGUGGAGUGCCGGGGAGCGCCCGCCGUGGUCAUAAGUCAGGGCCGAGUGGUGCUGGAGGACGGGAAGAUGUUUGUCACCCCAGGGGCGGGCCGCUUCAUCCCUCGGAAGACAUUCCCGGACUUCGUCUACAAGAGGAUCAAAGCUCGCAACAGGCUGGCAGAGAUCCAUGGUGUGCCCCGUGGGCUGUAUGACGGGCCCGUCCAUGAGGUGAUGGUGCCUGCCAAGCCAGGGAGUGGUGCUCAGGCCCGCGCGUCCUGCCCAGGCAAGAUCUCAGUCCCUCCUGUGCGCAACCUACACCAGUCGGGGUUCAGCCUAUCUGGGUCUCAGGCUGAUGACCACAUCGCCCGACGCACAGCACAGAAGAUCAUGGCACCGCCCGGUGGCCGCUCCAACAUCACCUCUCUCUCCUAGACGCCCAGGACUGGCCCUGUGAACCGUGCUGGCCCCACCCGAGGCCGCGGGGGCCCCAGGGCACUCACCCCCCCCUUUAGCGUUUUCUUUGGUAGAAAGGUGCUUGGCGAUCUCGCCUCCCCCUCCCACAGACUCUCCUUGUGGGGUCCCAGGUCCUGCUGCCAAGAGCCCCUCGAGAGAAGGGCUGAACCUGGGGAGAUGUCACUGCCAGGGUGAGGUGGUACCACAUGGCAGGGAUGGUGCCGGCAGCCUGAGCCCAGGCACCCCAGUGCCCGCUGGGCCUGGCAUGGGGACAGGGAACCUGCCGGGCUCACAGAGUACGGGAGCAGCUGGACACCGGGCUUCUUGGCGAACCGACAAGGGGCCGAGUCCUGCCUGGUGGGCGUUUGCCACCUCCCCACCACCAGUCACUGCCUCACAGAGCCCCGCACGCCUGCAGCCGCUCCUUAGAGGCCUGUGCCCGUCGCGGGCCAGGGAGGAGAGUGGGAGCAGAGCCCUCCUGCCUGGCACAGCUGCUGAGACUUCAGAGACCCAUCAGAAGCUGGUGCCACGCAGCCCUGCCCGUGGAGGGUUCCUUUUACACACCCCAAGGCCCACACCUAAGCUUUCGUAGUAGCCCUCGUCCGGGGAAGUUCUGCAAUCCUUUAGGAAGACGCUGCUCUUGUUACAGAUCGUGUAUUUCCAUAGGCUUCUUAGUAGCAGCUUUGUACACUGAGGACACUGUACCCAGGAACCUGUGCAUGCCACCCACCGCCUGGACAGGCAGUCACCCUCCUCUGAUGUGAAUCGGGCCCAUUAAAGACGUCUGGGUUUGAAGCCGCCUGUGCGUGGAA